UGUUGUUUCCUUCUAAUAUUCCUCCCUUAUUCCCUCCCCCUCUCUUAUUCUGUCUCCUCUGUUUCUCUAUCUCUCUCGUCUCUCUGUCUCUCUCCGCUCUUUCUAAUUCUGUGUCGGAGGAAGCGGGCGAAGGAUCGGAAUCUCCCCGUCAGAGAAACCGACUUCGUUCGCCGACAACUCCGACUGGACCGAGGAGGAGGAAGACAGACAGACAGAGACGAGUAAUAAUUGAGAGAGAAAAUCAUAAUUAUAUAAAAACAGAGAUUGUGAAUCAAAGUCUUCAUAAUAAUAUUAAUACAUAAUAUGCAAGGAGGAGGAAGAAAGGGAGCUUAACGUGCAAUGUGUGAGAAAAACAAAGAGUGAGAAGAAAUAAGAGAGACAGAGAAUAAGAAGAAAUAAGAAGAAGAAGAAAGAGAAGAAGGAUCCACAGUGCCAUCUGAGUUCAUGGACCUCUAUGCUUUGCCUCCGUCAUCAUAUUUUUCUGAGCGACAAGUUGGCUUCUGGAAGACGGAUAGCAUGCCUGAAAGCUACGGCUUAAAAGGAGAAGGAAUGUCACAAGCAGCAGGGAAAAAUCUAUUUGCUUCAUCACCACUGGACUAUCGAAUGUUUGCGGAUUCUUCUUUGGUGACAUUGUCACCCAGUGAUGCUCUACACGGCCAUUUUGUUCCUGCUACUUCCGAGUACGAAGAAGAGGAACCAUUUGAGUCACCAGAAGAAAUUGAAGCCCAAACCAUUGGGAAUCUUCUUCCUAAUGACGAUGAAUUGCUUCUGGGGGUGACCGAUGGUUUUGACUAUAUCACUCGACCUGGUAAUGGAGAUGAUAUAGAAGAUUUGGACUUCUUCAGUAGUGGUGGAGGGUUGGACUUGGGAGAAAAACAAAUAAGUUGUGACAUUUCAACUGCCAGGUUGGGGGGAUCAAGUAAUUCUAUUGCUGAGGAAAACCCAUCUAGAACACUAUUCGUGAGAAAUAUUAAUAUCAAUGUUGAAGAUAUUGAAUUGCGAGCUGUUUUUGGUCAAUAUGGAGACAUUCGCAGUCUCUAUACAGCUUGCAAACAUCGAGGCUUUGUUAUGAUAUCAUAUUAUGAUCUACGAGCAGCCCAAAAUGCUAUGAACGCACUUCAAAACAAGCCACUGAUGCAUAAAAAGCUUGACAUACAUUUCUCGAUUCCAAAGGGCAACCCUUCUGAGGAAGAUAGCAAUCAAGGUACCCUUGCAAUUUCUAAGCUUGAUUUUGCUGUGACAAAUGAUGAACUCCGAAAACUGUUUAGUGUAUAUGGAGACAUCAAGGAGAUUCGUGAUGUUCCUCAUAGGUGUCAUCACAAAUUAAUAGAUUUCUAUGAUGUUAGAGCCGCUGAGGCUGCUCAUCAUGCAUUAAGCAGAAGAGAAUUAGCAGGGAAGCCUGAACUAACACAUCCUGAUGGUAAUACGCGUUUUAUGCAGUCAUUUCGUGAGCUCGAGCAAGAUUAUAUCAGUCCAUAUCUGCAACAAAGUAGUUCCUUUGAUGUGAAUACAGGACUAGCUUCACAUGGGCAAAUAACAUCUUUUAGUAUGGAGAACAGCAAUAGACUGGGUGUUAACUAUUCAACGGGAUCCCCGGUUAGUCAAUACCAAGAUAUUGCAUUUCAACAUGGGGUAUCGUCCAGUGUUCCAAGCAACUUACCCUCUGCUAUCAGAGCGGAAUUACUCGGACUACAGUCCAGCAUUACUGACUCUGGUCACUUGUUGAGCAAGAGAAGCUUAGAAAUUCCAAGUGCACCAAUUUUCCAUCCACAUUCCCUUCCAGACCACCCUGAUGAAUCUGUAGUUUUUUCAUCUACUGGAAGUGAGAGCUAUGUCCCUCCUCUACCACAUCAUUAUAUGUGGAAUAAUUCAUCUAUGCUUCACAGCGUUGGGUUCGGCAAUAAUGAUAUCUCCCAACAUAUGUGGUCCAAUUCCCCAUCAAAUCUUAAUGGGAUCUUUUCUCCUCAGCACUUGCAAAAAAUGCACACAUUUCAUAGACCACCGAAUCAUAUGUUGAAUACAAAUUUACCUAUAAGUAGCAAUCAGGUGGGAUCGGCUCCAUCUGUUGAUCCUUCUCUUUGGGACAGAAGGCCUGUUUAUGCAGGGGAAUCCCCUGAUGCUUCAUAUUUUCAACCAGGACCUUUUGGAAAUAUGAGAAAUAACAGCAACUCACUGCAUCCUCUAGAAUUUGUUUCUCCAGACAUCUUUCCGGGUUUUGGCGGGAAUUGUUUCGAUCUGCCAAUUGCUUCAAAAGUACUGCAAUCACCACAGCAGAGCUCUAUGAUGUUUCUCAGCAGUGGUCAAAUGUAUCCUCGAAUGAGUCCAUUUAAUUCUUCUCAUGAACGAAUGAAGGGCCGUCGAAAUGAGGGAGUUUCCAAUCAGGCUGACAGUAAGAAACAGUACGAGCUUGACAUUGACCGCAUAAUCCGUGGUGAAGACAAGCGUACAACACUUAUGAUCAAGAACAUUCCCAACAAAUAUACUUCAAAAAUGCUCUUGGCUGCAAUAGAUGAGCAUCAUCGGGGGACUUAUGAUUUUAUCUACUUGCCCAUUGAUUUUAAGAAUAAAUGCAAUGUGGGCUAUGCAUUUAUAAACAUGACCGAUCCUUCCUUGAUAAUCCCAUUCUCUCAGGCAUUCAAUGGGAAGAAAUGGGAAAAAUUCAACAGUGAAAAGGUGGCAUCAUUAGCUUAUGCGCGCAUACAGGGAAAAGCUUCCCUUAUUGCCCACUUUCAGAAUUCAAGCUUAAUGAAUGAGGAUAAGCGCUGCCGGCCAAUUCUUUUUAAUACUGAAGGACCUAAUGCAGGUGAUCAGGUGCCAUUUCCUAUGGGCGUGAGUGUUCGUUCCAAAUCUACCAAAAACAGAACUGGCACAACCGAUGAAAAUCAUUUAGAAACCUCAGCGUACUCAAGCAACGGAGAGGAAUCAAGCAGGGACUCUUCUUCACGUUCCUCAAGAAACGCGGAUUAACCAAGCCACUUUCAUGCCAACUAACCAUUUUAGAAUUUGACAAGCUGAUACAAAACAAAGAUCUCCCUCUGAAAAUAUUAUGUACAUUGGGGAGUAACUAUAUAAUCCAGUUUUGAUGUUUCUGAAAAGCCUUUUCCAGUAUGCUUGACAAACCGGGCUCCAAAUUUUGGACACUCUUGGAGGAAAUAUGGAACCAACAUGACAGACAGUCUUCAAGUGGUAAACUGUACAGAGGAGGCUUCUUCUGUUCCUUUCCCGGCAUUUUUUCAUCUUUUUUUCUUUGUGUUUCCGCUGUUUCUUGUUUGCUCUCUGAUUUUCUUACUGCCAAGAGAUCAGUCACAUUUCACUGGAUACAUUAUUAUUCAUAUGAGAAAUGAGAAAUUUGAGUUGAUGUCCA